AUGGGACUGCGAGGAUCUAAACAACCAGAAGCCCACGUUCUCCUCCUGGGCCUGGACAACGCUGGGAAAUCGACUCUCCUCUACAAACUGAAACACAACGCGUGCGUCAGCACCGUUCCUACCAUCGGCUUUAACGUGGAAAUGUUUGAUGCAAGAAAGAACAGGAAGAGCAUCGCCUUAACCGUGUGGGAUGUCGGUGGCCAGGGAAAGAUGCGCGAGCACUGGACGAGUUUCUACCAGGACGCGGCAGCUGUAAUGUUUGUUGUGGACAGCUCGAGCAGGGGGCGUCUGGAGGAAGCGCGGCGGGAGCUGGAAAACACACUGAGGAGUGAGCAGCUGCGGGGACGUCCGCUGGUUCUUCUCGCCAACAAACAGGACGUGAACGGCGCUCUGACUGUCACUGAAAUCAAGGACAAGUUUAACCUGAAUAAGAUUUGCUCCGAUCGGGAUUGGUUCGUGCAGCCUUGUUCCGCAUCGACAGGAUUUGGAGUUGAAGAGGCCUUCAGACGAGUGGUCCAGAUGGUCAAAUAA